CUCACUGUGAACUUGCCCUUGUUAGAUUUAAAGUCAAAACGGCACAUUAUCUCAAUUCAAUGUUGUUCUUCAAAUCUUUGCUCGUCGCCUACAGUUUCAUUUCUUCUUAUGCCGUCGCCCAGGAUGCUCAGGAAGAGCUCCUUAAUGAGCAAAGUAGCGUGCCCGUCUUCCGUAACCCGAGGGUCAAUGACCCGAUGACAGGUGAUUAUUCAUUCAAGCUCAAAUGGGACGUCAAACAUGGCCGGGAUCGAACAGAAACGUAUAAACUGGGAUGGUGUUACGCGCUCAGUGGACAACCCAACAUCCAAGGAUAUACUAUUACAGCUGGCAACGAAUAUAUAAUUUAUGCGGAAGUGUGGGAGAAAUUCCCUAGCAAGGGAAAUCAAUGGUGUCCCAACUUUAAAGGGCCUACUAGUGGCAAGGUGUCUUGGGGACCGCACAAGGUUGAAACGGUGUGCCUCAGCGGUGUACCGAACGAUGGCUGGACUAGGCCCAAGCCAAAAUGCCCUAGGGAAGACUCUAUCGUAGAUCAUUCAAGCAUUGCUGAAGAAUAUUGGACCUUGGACCUUUAGUUUAUGGUUGAGUGUGGUAGUGUCUCUCAAGCCUGUCUUGCUAUUAGGCUUGCGAGGGAGUGCUGAAGUUUCAUAAAAAAUUAGAGAAGAGAGGAGUGGUAUAGCAUAAUUGUGCUGGAAAUUAGUGUAUGUUUGCGUGCUACUAUGAGUGAUUCCAACGUCAAUCCAGGUUCCACAGUCACCCGUUAACUCAGCUUGCUAUUCUACUUAUGCAUGGGCCAUUUGAGUAUUACAUGCUAAAAAGCUAAUAUAUGCAUGAGCUUGGACUUUGGGCUCGACAGUCCCAUGUGCCUAGGAAGCACUGUCGCGAGGAAUGGCUUUGUAAGCUUCUGCAUGCUCAAUUACAGCCAAGGAGUCUCACUUCGCCGUAGCUGUAUUAGGAUAAUCUAAUACCAAAUCAGUACAAUGUUUCAAAUGUCGAGGGAAACAACAGCUUCAUUUUCUUUUUCCGUUAUAUAAAAGAGUAUCAAAGCACCUUGCAUAAUAAAAAACCUUCGCUAUCCGAGAAAAUAGAGAUUUUACCUUUAUGGCGGUGAACUAUCCUUUAGAUGCGUAUAUUCAGCUGAGAACAGUCGAUUGUGUGUGACAGCCUGGGUGUAUUGCAGCAUAGUCUU